CUAAGUUUGGAAAUAUUAAAUAUGAUAAAGUUCAAUUGCCUAGGUGAAUCCCAAGAUGAUCUGGAAUGCUGUGUACUUCAAAUUGAUCACUCAAUCAAUGAAAAACCUAUCAGAAUCUUAUUCGGGUCAAUAUUGAAGCUAAGUAGCACUCUGAAUUAUCUUCCUGACCAUUUUAAUAUCCAGUCAGAUGGCGAGUUUUCAAACAAAAGAAGAAGAGUACCCUACCCAGAACCAAUUGUGAUGAAAGGAUGUGAAGACGAUGUCUAUAUUCAAAAACCAGAACAUGUAGAUGGUGUAGAAUAUAUUGAAGAGGAGGAAGAUAAAUAUGAACAAGAAGUUCCCUUUGGAAGAUAUGGAGAGGCUGACUUAAAAUAUUUAGAAAAAGGGCAAGAUUAUGUGACAGUCCAAGGUAAAAGCUACAUCAAAAGUCAUGUAAAAUUUGAUCAAAGAUCAAUUAAUAUCACUGAUAUCAAAGAUAUUGAUAUUGUGUUUGUGAGCAAUUACAAUAGCGUGUAUGCUCUCCCUUUCAUAUGUUCACAUCCAGAAUUUACUGGGAAAGUUCUGAUUACAGAACCUCUUCAUCAAAUUGGAAAAUUCUUAUGCACAGAACUCUAUGAAAUGUGUUCUCAAAAUCAAAAUCUUAACCAAGAAAGGAGCAAAAAUUUAGGAUCUUUCGUCAAAGAAAACAUUUCAAAGAAAGAAUAUUUAAAAGAAAGUGAACUCAACGACUUUUUCGAGGGUCUUAAGAUUGAACUAUGGGAGAAUAUUUACUCUUUAGAAGAUAUUGACAAAACUUUUGAUGAGGUGUGCUCGGUUUUACAUUUCAAUCAAGAAUUUGAAUCAGUUAACCCUCUUAAAAUUAUUCCAGUGUCAAGUGGACAUCACUUAGGAUCGUGCAAUUGGGUGAUUUACCAUAAAAUAUUCAAUCAAAAAAUUGGAAUCAUGCAGCAAUCAUGUGUGGAUAACAGCAAUAGAUAUCCUUUGAAAAUGAACAUUAGUUCUCUGCAAAACUGAGAUGUACUUUUCACUGGGAAUGUAGUGAACGAGCACUAUCUUCCUUCAAUUAAUGGAGAUGAUACUUAUUCGUAUACUGAAGCAUUACGUCAACUAAACGACAGCAUUAACGAGGCUAGCUUCAUGAGUAGCAAAGUACUGAUCCCAAUGAGCCCAUUUCUCUUUUUAGAAUUAUUAGACCUUCUCAAUCAGUCUAUUUCUCCGAAUAUUCUGGUGAGAAUAUUUUCAGGAUCAGCUGAAGCUAUAAAAGCCUUUUCAAAUUUAAAUCUUGAUUAUCUCAAUCAAAGGCUUCAAGAGAAAAUUCUUGAUAGCAAUGAUCCAUUUGAGUUUGAUAAAAUGAAACAAAAUUCUAAAUUUGAAAUAUUUACUGAUUUUGUUAGCUAUCAAAAAGCAAAGAAGAUUAACGAAGAUAGUCCUGAGCUUAUCCUUGCAACUCAUAGUAAUCUUCGAAUUGGAGACUCAGUCUUAUGGAUGUAUGUUAUGAAUAAAAAUCUUAAAAAUGAGAGUGGACAAUACAGAGUAAUUUUGACUGAUCCUCAAUACCAGACUGAUGAGGUAACCAGUUUAUAUGAAGGCAAUCAAACUAUUGAUAGUAUUGGAGUUUGUAAUAAUGAAAUUCCUAUUAAGAGAAUACCUGUUGACCCUAGUCCUACUUUUAAGCAAAUGAAUAAACUCCUUAGAAUAUUAAGACCAAAAGUGCUAGUUUGUCCAAAGAGAUACAUAAAGUCAGGAUCAUCAAGAGGAAGCAAUUGAAGUGAACUCUCAAGCUUAGGAGAAGAAUACAAAGGAGAAGAGGAAGAUUCACAAAACACCUCCUCUAUUGAUCUUCUCAAAGGAUGUUUGUUUAAAAUGUAUAAAGAAGGCGAAUCUCAUACAAUCGAUUUGGUAGAAGAAAGCCAUCUACUAUACGAAGGCUUUAUAAAAGACAAAUAAAAUCGAAGAUGUUCUUGAGGAAGCAAAAAUGAUUCAAGAUAAUAAUCAGUCCAUAUUGAGAAGUACUGUAAGAGUGAGUAUGGUUGACAACGAGAUUGACAUUACCAAAAUUGAUCCAAACCCAUCCUUAGGAAACAUCAUUAGAAAAUCGAAUGGGAUAAAAAUUUGGAACCAUGUCGAUAUUCCUUCUGAAGAAGAUGUCAUUAUGAAAUACAACCCUAUUGAGGAUCAAAGAAAAACAGAAAUGGAAAAAUUAAUAUCAGUUCUUAAUGAUAGGAAGGAAACAUAUAUUUAUAAAUUAAAGGAUCAAGGGUGAACUGUAAUUGAAAAAGAAAAUGAGCAUGAAAACAGUCAGCAAAUAGGCUUCGAUCUUCAAAUAACUUCAGAAAACAAAGAUAAAUCAGUUACUCUCAAAGGAAAAAUAUCUAAAGAUAUUGAAUCAGAAAUACCAGAUGAUGAAGACCAAAUCUUCCAAAAAUACCUUGAUAUUAGCUUAGAUGGAGACAGUGCAAAUUUAUUGAAGAAAGCAUCAAAAAUAAUGAUUGAAGUCUUUCAUUUAACAUAGUUGGGUCGAUUUAUAUUAUAUUUC